AUGGCUUUGGUGAGAAGUCUAUUGGGUGCAAAGAAGAUUCUUGGCCGCUCUGUAACAGCAACAACAACAAGUGCCUCGGCGGCACCAAAAGGGUUUCUUGCGGUGUACGUAGGAGAGAGCCAGAAGAAGAGAUAUGUGGUGCCAAUCUCAUACUUGAGCCAGCCUUCCUUUCAAGAUCUUCUCAGAAAAUCUGAAGAAGAGUUUGGGUUUGAUCAUCCGAUGGGUGGCUUAACGAUUCCUUGUCCUGAAGAUACUUUCAUCAACGUGACGUCUCAGCUUCUAUGUUGAUUAUCCAACAUAUUUUUUAGUCUAGUUAGAGAUAGACUUAGUUCCUUGUAAAAACAGGAGAACUUUUACCUCAUUAUUGUUCAAAGAGUUAUUCUAUAAUCUUUUGAAAGUGAAUGUUAUAGACACGAUUUCGAUUCAUGUUAAUACAUUUUGGA